GUCAACUUCAAGUCUCUACAACAACCACUAAAUAUACCUCCGAAACCAGGGCGCUCUCUUUUCCGCCUAGGCUCGCCCUCGUACCUCCGCCAUGGCAUCAAACUCUGCCGCCCUCGCCUCCUUCGUGGAGAGCACCCCGCCAGGAGAGCUACAAGAUGUAACUAAGGCAAUCAAGUCCAUACUCGCCGACGACCCCUCCGUGCUGCAGUCGCUGGCUCCCGCGUUCGAGAAAUACAAUGAGGAACAAUUCACGACGGUGAAGCUACCUGGAGGAAGCGAGGAGGUCAUCGUCAGCUCACACAACUCACUCGGCGGAGGACGAUACUACGACGUUGCCAACCAAAGCUCGUUUGCGUUCGACCAUGCUACACAGAGAGCAUCUGCAGUCCAAUCCCACGUCCUCGAGGGCUCACAAUCCGAUCUAGUCAAAUCUCUCCUCAAAUCCCUCUACCAACACACACUAGAGCACUACCCCAAGUCCUCCCUAGGCGUCUAUCCCAUCGAGAACGACUCCGCCAUCGCUGUCGUGACCGUUGCGAACAAAUACAGCCCCAACAACUUCUGGAAUGGUCGCUGGCGCUCCCACUACAUCAUCUCCCCCUCCGCCUCCACCCUCACCGGCCUCCUCCGCGUCGACGUUCACUACUACGAAGACGGCAACGUGCGCUUGAAGACCAGCAAGCCCGUCUCCGUCACCCUCUCUUCUACCUCCACGACCGAGAUCUCGCGACAGAUUGCGCUGGCGGAGAAGAAGUAUCAGGAGGAUUUGAACCGUGCGUUUGGGAGCUUGAGUGAGGGCGCGUUUAAGGCGCUUAGGAGGCAGUUGCCGAUUACGAGGCAGAAGCUGGAGUGGGAUAAGAUUAGUGGGUAUCGGUUGGGGCAGGAUAUCGGAGGUGGGAGGUCGAGAUGAGAAGCCUUGGUGCCUGUGGAGAGCGGGGGAUAUGGAGAGGUGGUGCAUAGUGGUCUUACAGCUAGCGAGACUAUAUUGACGAAGCACUUGCAUCUCAUUAGGAGCGAUAGAAAGAGGCAGUCACGUGCCAGAUUUUUCUACGGCUUUAGCAAGAGAUAACUAAAAAAGAGUAGCAUCUAACACUACAUAUCGAGAGCAGUACAGCGAAACGAUAUUGAUCACAGCCA